AUGUCUCUCAACGAGAAGAAAAGGAGGAGAUCCUCUUCAUCGAAGACUUCUUUACUCAAUCUCGCGUUUGGAACGGUCGGGGUUUUUACUUUAGCUUUGUCUUCUCCUUAUGCGGAGGCGAAGACGCAAAAACAUCAUCGUUCCUCGGGAGAUGAUGUCGUGCAUGGUGUUGGGGAAACCCAGGUCCGCGGCUCAUCAUCGUCGACAUCAUCAUCAUCAUCUUCCUCGUCUUUGAAGAGGAACGCGAAAGAACAUCACGUUCCGCUCGCGCACACGACGAAAGGAGAAAACGACCACGUGGCGUCGUUAGGAGGGAAAUACGAGCAGCGCAUUCAAAGCAAACUCGGCGAUGUUUUGGUGCCGCCGAAAGCACCCGCUGUAAGAGUUGCGGGAGAAGGAAAAUUGGGGUCGACGACGAUCGAAUCGCUCUCGAGAGACGGAGACGAAGAGAGAGCGAGAGACGAUCGAGAGACGGACGAGACGAUGAAAAAGCUGGACGGGUACUUUAAUUUCGAUGAUAACGCGAGUAAUAAUAACAAAGCGUCCGAGGAGAAGAAGUUGUCCGAGGAGAAGAAGUCGUCGAAUGAUGAUGCAGAGACCGCGGAGGAGGCAAAGACAAAGGUGGAGUUUUCAGCGUCGCGGAAAAACGAAGACGACGGAUCGAAGACGAUUACGUCGGGAACAAAGAUUGACGAGAGUAUUUCGGAUAAGGACGCAUUGGACGCGUACUUUUCCGCGAAGAGUAGCAGCUCACAAGCCGCGAGCGUUGCUUCGUCUUCCUCGGGUUCUUCUUCCGGCGGCGGCGAUCUCUCCUCGGCGGUGAAAACGGCGCUCGACGCGCGCGCGGACGAAGAUCCGUCUUUGGAGGAUUUGAAGUCCUCCUUGAAGUCUGGGAAGACGGUGAAUGGGGAGGAGUUGGAAGGUAAAGUGGAGACGAAGCCAAUCGCCUCCACACCCAAAGCUUCUUCUUUAACUUCUUCCGUGAACAUGGAAGUCGAAGCCGAGAAGCUUUUGAAAGAGGCGAGCGAAGAGACGGAGAAGUCUUUGUCGUCGACGACGAAAACUGCAGCGACGGGUUCGAUUGAUUCUACUUCUUCCGCUGCGGCGGCUUCGGAAAAGUCGAAAUACGUGCCGAUCACGACUUCGCACUCUAUGCGUUCGUUGUCACCGAUUGCGCAAAAGUAUUUGAGACCACGCGCGACAUCUGCGUAUGCUUCUACGUCUUCUACGUCGUCGGCGUCGGCGGCGGCGGCGGCGGCCCCGUCUUUACACUCGGAUUUGGCCUCGUCGGCUCGAUCUCUGUACAGUCGCGACGCGUCGACGUCUGGUAAAUCGGCGUCAUCGAACACGAACUCAAUCGCGGCCAAGUACGCGAACAUGUUCAGUUCGAGAUCGAGCGAUGCCUCGUCCUCCUCGGGUAAACCGUCGACGGGCUACGCUACUCGAUCAACAUCGUCGAAAGUCUCCGUCGCGCACCCGUACGCGACGAACCCAUUUUCAGUGUCGCACACGUCCGUGCGACCGAAAGUUGCCUCAAUCAUGAGCCGAUUUACGCCCAAGGAUACGCGCGAAGCGAAAGCCGGGAUGAAUCAAGACGAUUGCGACGAGAUCAAAGAGGAGUUGGAAGACGUCAAGGACGAAAACAACACUUUGGAGGAGCAAGUCGCGAUCGAGGAAGCGCAAAACAGAGUCGAGCAAAUCGAACAAGAGAUUCGCAUCGCGGAACAGGAAAAGAUGCUCACGGAAACCAAGCUGGACGCGAUUCAACCGGAAGAGCCGCUGACGGAACCGGAGUUGGAGGAUAAGUUGGAAAAGUUGACAACGAAGUUGGAAGCAAUCAACGCGCAAAAUGAAAUCAUGACGGAGCAAACGGAAGUGUUAAACGCGAUGUCGAAGAUGUCUUCCAGCUCAUCAGAGUACAAAGAGUUGGCGGUCAAAAUGAGCGAGUUGAACGAUGCGUCUGAGGCGGUGAAAGCAGACGCCGCGGGUGUGCCGCAGCCGGACACCUCCGAAGCAGAAGAGUUAGCCUCGCAGAUUGAAGAGUUGCAAUCCAAGUUGGAAGAAGCCGAAGCUGCUUUAGAGGACAAAGACGACGAGUUGGACGAAGCCAAAGGGCAGAUUGAUGAGGUGUAUUCCGACUACAAGGGCGCGAAGGACGACGCCGAGAACUACAAAGACGACGUCGAAGACUUAUCCAAGCAAUUGGACGACGCAAAUGCGGAGAUUACGACGGAUAAGGUCACAAUCAGCCAAGUGCAAAGCGAAGAAGCGCAAGUUAGUUCCGAGAAAGAAGUGUUAGCGGCGGAGAAUUCGCGUUUGCAAAUGCAGUUGUCUUCCUACGACGCCGAAAAGGAGAAGUUGAUUGAAGAGAUUCAAACGCUCGGCGCAACCGUCGACGACAUGGAUGAAAGACAAGCCAAGUUGGCGGAGUUGGACUUGCUCAACAAGAAGAUCGAGUUGGUCGAAGAAGCGAACGCCAUGAGUGAAGUGUUUAAGCUCCAAGAGGAGAACUUGCAACACCGCGCCGAGGAAAUCGAGGCUGAGAAGGAAAACCUCGACGCCACGGGUACGCCGUACACUAACAAAGCCGCGACCGUCGAGGACAUCGAUGAAGCCAUCGAAGAAUCGAAAGAAGUGUUGAAAGAGGUCAUCGAUGACCAAGACACUCGCGACGAAGAUCUCGCCUCGACGGCAGAAGACAGCGAGAACGAGGUGCAAACUGUGUUGAAGUCUGAAGUUUCGUUUCCGACGGAUUCGAGCUCGAGCGUUUCGAGUUACACUUCUUCUCCCUCGUCCAAGUACACGUCCACUUCGUCCUCGUCGUCCUCGUCCUCGACGACUUCGAGUAGCAGCAGCAGCAGCAGCAGCAGCGACGACGAUGAUUCGAGCAGCAUCUUAAACUUCUCGGGCAACGACGAAGAAGUUGAAGUGCCAGCGGGUACGCCGGCGGCGGUUGCAGACGCCAUGACGAAUGCGAACGAAGACAAAGCCGUCGUAACGACUAUGAAGAAUCGAGACACGAACAGCGUCGUUGAUCUUAACGACCCAGUUGUUGAAGUCGAUGUCAGCGCGUCGAAAGGCAUCGACCUUAUUCGCGAAUCGGAAGCGAAAGGAGUCAAAACGGGCGAGUCGUAUCCGGUGCAAGAAUCGAUCGAUGAGAUCUCAGCUGCGUUGCUCGCCGUCGACGAAGGUAAAGCCGUAGAAACCACGCUUCUUUUGAAAGGCGUUACGGCGGCGAACUUUACCGAGGCGGACGAAAUCGCCGCAAAGGGCGUGUUUGCCGAGGCAGUGGACGCUAAUCUUGAAGAUGUCGUCCUCGUUUCCGUUCGCGAUUCUGUCAUCGGCGAAGAAGCAACCCUGGCGAAAGCUCCGAAGGAUGGCGCAGCGGAUGUCAAAUCGAGAGCGAAAGAAGCGGUGUUGAGAAGCCGAUCUAUUGCACGCCACGCCGCCGCGCUCGGUUUGGCGCAAUCUAGACCCGAGCUUGGCGUUUCUACUUCGUCGUCGUCGUCUUCCAGCGGUCCGAGAAAGGCGCUCAAGGAAAAGACGAACGAUGACGACAGAGACUACUUGAACGAGUACAUCAAGAAAGUGAAAGCAAAGAAAGAUGCGACUUUGAACGCUGCCGUGGCGAACCGAAAGAGCACUUCGAAGUCGUUUGCGCUUCCGACUACGUCCUCGAUGAAGAUGUCUUUGACGAACAAGGACAAGGUUUCUUCAUCCUCCGCAAAACCAGCAGGUGCAAAACCUAUGGCUAUGGCUAAAUCCAAAAACUUCGCCGCAUCCACCACCGAAGAAACAACUACUGCGACCGCUGCGACUGAUGGAGAAACUGCCACGGAAAUCCGCAUGGUUGUCUUAACCGACGACGUGGACUCGAAAGAGCUUCUCAUCGCUGAACGCUUCUCCGACCCAGACGUCCUCGGCGCCAUAGUCGCUCGACUCCAAGCGUCUGGCGCCCCGGCUUUAGCUUCGGAUGUCGAUGUUACCUUAAUCGAACAACGGAAGAACAAAUACGACGAAUUCUUUAGCUUCCUCCCGGAACCGGUGCGCAACGCCAUCCACUGGACCGCCAACAAAAUCGAGUUUGCCUUCGAAGGCCUCCGUGACUGGCUCGUGGACACGUUUCAUUUGACCAUUAGCGAAUCCGACGGUAUUACCGGUGCCAUCAUGGGUGGCUUAGCUGUCGUUAUCAUCUACUUGGUCUUGCGCUCGAUGUACCGACGCUUCGUUCGGUAUCGAUUGAGACAAAAGAACAAUAGAAGUAGCGGGGGUUACGGGGGUGGAACGAACAACAACGACGAGAGCAGGCCGUUGUACAGAGAAAGUUCGGAAACGAAAGGCGGUCAAACCACCACUCGAGAGUACUCCUCGCAGCAAUACGGAACGACUCCGCCGGUGAGCCGAGGCUAUUACGGCGCGGGAGCGGGACCCGGACGAAGAUAA